UUGACAUCCCGAUGAAAUUACAUGAAAUGUUUAAAAUGUAAGAAAUGAUAUUGUGUUUUUAAAUUAAAAUGUCUUGGUGUUUUAAAAUGUCUCUACCGCUGCCAAAAGGCCAUCUAAGUUUCGUGGAUCGAUGGCCGUUAAUGGAACCGAAUGAUAUGGCAUUUAUAAUUGCGAUAUAUUUAGUUUUUGUCUUCAAAAUAGGACCUAUGUUAAUGGAAAAACGUAUGCCUUUCCAACUAAAAGGAUUCCUUGUAUUUUAUAAUGGCUUCAAAGUUGUAAACUCAAGCAUUCUAUCUUAUAAGUUUCUUAUUUAUAUAAUGGAAAAAGGAUUGUUCCCAAGAAGAUGUGAUUACGAUGUAAAUACUUUAUAUGUAAUAGCAAUACUCUAUUGGAAGUACUUGAUCACGAAGAUAAUUGAUUUAUUCGAUACUAUAUUUUUUGUGAUUCGUAAGAAACGAUCGCAGGUUACAUUUCUACAUGUUUAUCAUCACGUUUUUAUGGUGAUUAUAACGUGGUGUUCUCUGAAAUACGAUCCAUCUGACCAUUGGGCUUUCAUGGCUAUCAUGAACUGUGUUGUACACGUGAUAAUGUAUAUAUACUAUGGAAUAUCCGCCAUGGGGCCUAAUUAUACGAAGUAUCUAUGGUGGAAAAAGUACUUGACUAUGUUGCAAUUAGUUCAAUUCGUGUUAGUAAUAGGACAUGUAAUUAUUCAAACAUCCACAACGGAAUGUCCCAUGGGAACUGGUACUUAUUGGAUUGGUCUUGCCAACCUUGGAUUAUUCCUGUGCCUAUUCACGGAUUUCUACAGCAAGCGGUAUAUAUAUAAAAAUAAAAAUACCACUUUCGUCUGUUCCAAAAGCUCGGACUAAAACCUUAAGAUUUUAUUAAACACAAAUAUAGAUAAAACAGA